UCACCACCGCAGCUUUGUUCCGCUAUAUCACAAUCCCUCCCUUCGCGCCCCAGCCCACACUCCCCCAAGGCCUCCCACUGCCUUUUGCGAAUUCACCCCUCUGGAGAGCCCGCCCCGCGCCCGCCACCCGCAAUCGCCGCCCUGCCACCUGCCCGCCAGCCUCGACGUCGACGGUGCCAACCGGCAGUCCAUAUCCCCAACAGUAUCCCUGCCCGGACUCUCCAACAGACACCACCUCCCUCCUCGCCCUAGGCUCUCCUCUCUCGGAUUGUGGCUUGAGCUUCUGCUGGCCAAGCCGCGACAAUCAUGGUAGAAGCAGAAGGGAACCCGACGACGUGGAAGUUUACUCAAUGCUUUGGCGACAAAGGAGAUGUUGAAGACAUCACAGAAGCGGACAUCAUCUCCACCGUCGAGUUCGACCAAACAGGAAACUACCUUGCUACGGGCGACAAAGGCGGCAGAGUAGUACUCUUUGAGCGGAACGAAACAAAAAAAACAUGUGAAUACAAGUUCCAUACCGAAUUCCAAUCCCACGAGCCUGAGUUCGACUACCUUAAAUCCUUGGAGAUAGAAGAGAAGAUAAACAAGAUCAAGUGGUGUCGACGACAGAAUGCCUCACACUACCUCCUCUCCACCAACGACAAGACGAUAAAGCUCUGGAAGGUCUUUGAGAAGUCAUUAAAGGUGGUUGCGGAGAACAACCUGUCGCACGAAUUGACGCCGGGUAGCGGUGUCGCUCCUGGAACUGGAGCCGGGGGCCCAGUCCGAAAUCCCAACGCGCAUUUCCGUACUGCCGCCGAUCUCAAGCUACCCCGCCUCACGCACCACGAUACCGUCGUUGCCGCUGUUCCCCGGAAGACCUACGCCAAUGCGCACGCCUACCAUAUCAACAGCAUAUCGGUCAACAGUGAUGGCGAGACAUUCAUCAGCAGCGACGACCUCCGCAUCAACCUAUGGAACCUCAACAUCCAGGAUCAGAGCUUCAACAUUGUGGAUAUCAAGCCGGCGAACAUGGAGGAACUUACGGAAGUCAUCACUGCUGCCGAGUUCCACCCACAGAGCUGUAACUGGUUCAUGUAUGCUAGUUCCAAGGGCACCAUCAAGUUGGCGGAUAUGCGAGCGAGCGCCCUCUGUGAUUCGCACGCCAAGCAGUUCGAACAAGAAGAAGACCCAUCCUCUAGAUCAUUCUUUUCCGAAAUCAUUUCAUCCAUAUCCGACGUCCGCUUCUCACAUGACGGUCGCUACAUCCUCUCCCGAGACUACCUUACGGUGAAGAUAUGGGACGUAAACAUGGAGCGUCAACCCAUCAAGACCAUCCCUAUCCACGAGCAUCUUAGACCGCGGCUGUGCGAUACUUAUGAGAACGACAGUAUAUUCGACAAGUUCGAGGUGGUAUUCUCAGGUGACGCGAAGAAUGUCAUGACGGGAAGCUACAACAACAACUUCAUGAUCUAUCCUUCUGACCCGGAGAAGGAUACCGAAGUGGUGUUGCAGGCAGACAAGUCAGCUUUCAAGGCGAAGAAGGUGGGAAUACCUACACCCAUGAACUCGUCGACAAGCCCGACAGGAAACAAAAAGGGAGGAUCACGGGCCGGUAGCCCAGCAGCAGGCGCUGUUGGGCAAGGCCAGCGCAUGCGGAAGGAGACGGAUGCAGAUCAGAUCGACUUCAACAAGAAGAUCUUGCAUAUGAGCUGGCAUCCAUUCGAGGACAGCAUUGCAAUUGCGGCUACGAAUAAUCUCUUCGUGUUCUCAGCAUUGUAGAGGGAGCUUCGGUAUUGGCAGCGUCGCAUCUGGAAGAGCAUCGACGUUCUUACGGCUUGCCGUCCCUGGAUUCUUUCUUAGUGCAUAUGCGGGUCGGACACCCUAUCAACACAUUCAUCUUGCUUGCGUUCUCGUAGUCGAUUUGGCGGCACUGGCUCCGAUAGAUGGAUCUCUUCAUGGCUGGCAGGCAUCGGCGAAGAUUGUGGUGGGCAUGCAGGCCGGGCUUAUAGGCAGUGCAUAGUCGAAAAUGCAGAUAGGAGUGGCCCGAUUAUGUGGAUGCGGAUGGUCUUCGUGACUGUGAUGCGUAGGGCGUGGCGUAUGCACUGAAAGGCGUUUGGUGCGUUCAACUGAAGUUGAAGAAUAGAG